CACUGGUACUGGUGGCAUAACUAGAAGGAAGAGUCUAUAGUAACUCAGGUAUAAGACAGACAGUGUCGAACAGGCGAGGAACGGGGUCCUGUCCUUCACGUUAACACUAGGUCUAAGAUAAAUAAUGACUGCAGGAUCUAUAUCUGUACCUCAGAUUAUUCCACUUCGUCUUCCUCUUCCUGGAAAAAGCAAAUAUGAAAUAGAUACAAACACUCCAAUUGGAUUAAAAACAGAUACACCUGAUGCAGAUAUAUUUUAUACACUGGAUGGAAGCAAACCAGACUUGUUUUCAAAAGUUGGACAGGGAGAAAAUAGUACUCUGAAAUAUAGGGGGCACUUUACCUUGCCUGAGGGGAAAAUAACAGUGAAGGCUAUAGCUGCUACCAAAGAUGGCAGGGAGAGUAGUACGGUGACCAAAGUCUUCACUGUGGAAAACGUACCUGCAGCUUUAGAUUCUUCUGAUGAAGAUGAUGAUAAAAACUUCCUUAAAGAGCUUCUGAAACAGGUACAGUAG